CGAAAUCGAUCCCAAUCCGCUCCGAACCCAAGACUCUGUAACCGGAGGAAUAUCUUCCCUCCCAUCACUCACACAAUGGAAUCAACAUCCCAAACCUCCUCCAAAAACCAACCCAUCGCCGCCGUUCUUCUCUCGCGCGCCCAUGACCCCGAAGAAACCAAACGCAUCCUCACCGAAAAGAUCCAACAACGCCCGCUCUUUCUUUGCCCAUCCUCCCCUCCACCCUCCGACGCCCGCGCCGCCCGCCGCCGCGAACGUGAAAAGAAGCGCCUCUCCCGCAAAAAGGCGUUAAAACCCAAACCACUUUCGGCCAACGAGCGCCGCAAGCUCGGCCUCUACGACGUCCCUCGCUCGGGGCAGAAAUACGCCUUGUUCGAGCCGCUGCACCAGCUUUGGCUGGGGUACAUUCGCGAGAUAUUGGGAAACGAGAUACACACGGGUGGCGAGGGUGCGGCGCCGAAGCUGACGAGCGCGGAUUUCCAUGGUGCUGAGGUCGAGGUGGUGAGGAGUGGGUGUGUGAGUCGGGUGGGGUUGAAGGGGAUCGUGAUUAAGGAUUCGAGGUUUACGUUUGAGGUGGUGACGAGGCGGAAUCAGAGGAAACUGGUGCCGAAGGAGGGGACCGUAUUUAGGAUUGAGGUGCCGCUGGCGACGGGGACGGCGACGGUGGAGGAGGGACAAAGUGACGAGAACAAGCAGCAGCAACAACAAACAGAGGCCGAACAACCAAAGAUGAUCUUUGAAGUACACGGCGAGCAGUUCCAGUUUCGGUCGGCGGAUCGCGCGAACAAAAAGUUCAGGUCACACUUCUCCAAGAUUCUAUAA